UCGUACACGGAUGGUGUUAAAUUGUGUAAAAUUGAGAAUAUAUUUUUUUUGAGUUUUAUUUUUGUAAUAUUUUUUAAAGAAUGCAUGAUUACAAACAAAACGAACGAUUUUGACAAAAAAUACGGUUGUAUAUUGCAUUGUAUAUGAAUUUUAUUAAAAGUAUUGACCAAGUUAGUGGAAAUAUAAAGUGUUUAAAAAUUGAAUUAAAAAAAAUGCCGUUUUGGUAUUACGAUAAAAAAGAACUCCGGACAAACACACCCUCAAUUCGUGAUGGCUUGGAAUGUGAAACGGAACGACGUUAUCGAAAGGAAGGUGCACGAUUUAUCAUGCAAUGCGGCACAUCAAUGGGACUGGGUCACAAUACAGUCGCAACUGGAGUUGUUUACUUCCACCGAUUUUACAUGUUUCAUUCAUUUAAAACGUUUCCACGUUAUGUAACGGCAUGUUGUUGCCUAUUCUUAGCGGGAAAAGUCGAAGAAACACCGAAAAAAUGCAUGGACAUAAUAAAAACAGCACGUACAUUGCUGCAAGAUCCAAAAUUCAAGUCAUUCGGUGAUGAUCCAAAAGAAGAAGUGAUGACACUUGAACGAAUUCUUUUACAAACCAUCAAAUUUGAUCUUCAAGUUGAGCAUCCUUAUAAUUUCCUUUUGAAAUAUGCAAAGUGUUUAAAGGGAGAUAAAUCAAAACUUCAACAAAUGGUGCAAAUGGCAUGGAAUUUUGUAAACGAUUCAUUGAGUACGACGGUUUGCCUGCAAUGGGAACCGGAAAUAAUAGCAGUUGCCAUGAUUCAUUUGGCGAGUAAAUUGACUAAAUUCAACGUUGACGAUUGGGUCGGCAGAACUGAUAUACAUUACCGAUGGUGGGACAUGUUUGUUGCUGAUAUUACAAUGGAACUACUCGAAGAUAUUUGCCAUCAAGUAUUAGAUUUAUACCAACCGAAUCAAAGUAGUGUUGAGAGUCCACCACAACAGCCAGCGAGUAAAGCAAGUCCACCGACAACAAAACGCAUUCCAAGCUCACCAAUGAUUAAAAAAUCACCAAACACGGCUCCAACACAGCCGCCGCCACCAUCUAGUGUCAAACCGGCCAAUCCGAUUGUGGUGCCACCAGUACAAACGGUUGACAAUUCAUUGGAUAAUCAACCAAUUCCGAAAUUAAUCACAACGAACGAAAAUGUCCACUAUUCAUAUGCAUCAACGUAUGGAGCGAUUUACGCUCAACAAUCUUAUCACAAUGUUACAGCAGGACCAACGAUGCCAACGGCUCCUGCUAUGCAUCCCGUACAAAAUAACAUGUAUCCAACGCAAUAUCCACAACCAGCAAUGCCACCAACCAUUCAACCAGCUACAAUGCAACAAUUUCAACAAUCAAAUACAGCUGCUGCCUACUAUCAACCACCACCACCACCACCAUCUAGUUCCAGGAAUUAUUACCACGGUCCAACGUGAAAAUUAACAUCAUACACGAUCUCAAAUCAAUUUCUAAAACCGACCAAUAUGCUAUUUUACUAAUUAAUACUUACUGAAUAGUAUUUUCUUUCUUUCUUUAUGUCAACACAUUUAGAAUAUCGUUCUUUAACGUUUUCUUAAUUUAACGUUUACUAAUUUUAACAAUGAAAAUUCAUACCUAAAAUAUGACGAGAAAAAAAAUGUUCACUUUUAUUUCAAUAAAUUGUUGGAAGCAAAG